AUGCCACGACUCAACUCCGAUUCAAGAUUCAUACCGAUUUCAGGCAUAUCAACCACCACGGCCACCAAUUCCAUCUCUUCCCUCUUCAAACAAAAAGUAUCCCAAUUAAACAACCUCAUCUACCACGCCAAAUCAUGGUAUUCCCAACAAUCGACCACCAAGCAAAUCCUCAUCCUAAUCCUAUUAUGCAUCCUAUCAGCAGCAGGAAUCCUUGUAUUAAUAUUUCAUGUCUAUAUCAUAAAAUUCCUCAUUUAUAUCAGUGACGAAAUCCAUGAAUCCAAAUAUGGACCUGUUUUAUUAUUCACGUUGGUCUUCAUAGUUGGAUUCCCACCUUUGAUUGGUUUCACGGGGUUAUCGAUGCUUACGGGGAUGGUAUAUGGAUUCCCACAAGGUUGGCCCCUUUUAGCAACGGCAUCGGUAUCGGGAUGUUGUGCUUCGUUUUUGGUGUUUAAAUAUUUAUUACAAGCACAAGCCAAAGGGUUGGUUGAGAGUAAUGAGACAUUUAGGGCGUUUGCCGAGAUUUUGACUGAGAGUAAUAGCUUAGUGUUGUUGAUAUUGAUAAGAUUAUGUCCGUUGCCGUAUUCAUUAUCAAAUGGGGCAUUGGCUGCGAUUCCGAAUUUAUCAUUAUGGAAUUAUUUUUGGGCUACUUUUUUAACCUCGCCGAAAUUAUUGAUCCAUUUGUUUGUCGGGAAUAAAUUGAAACAAUUAGGUGAUGAACAUAGAAGUACUUCUACAAAAAUGGUUGAUUUGAUAAGUAUUUUAAUAACUGCGGGUGCGGCUAGUAUGGCAGCAUAUUUGAUUUAUUUUAAGAUGCAAAAGAAAUUGGCAACUUUUAGAAAUCGAGAAUAUGAUGAUGUAUUAAUAUUUGGCAAUUUUGAAGAUGAUUUAGAAAUGAAUAGUACUGAAGUAGAAUUAAAUUCUGCUGAUUUCGAUACUGAUAAUUUUAUCCUUGAUGAUGAUGAAUUCGAAGGUGAUGACCACCUGACUAAUGGAAAAUUCAAACCUUCAGCAGCCAGAGAAUCCACAUUUGACAUAAACGGAAGUAGUAGUUCAUAG